AUGGCCAGUGCCGAGAGUUAUGCUCGUAUCCCUACCCGUGAGAAGCCUAGUUCAUUCAUGCCUGUUGACCGCAAGUCUUCGUCUGGCUCGCACAGCUCUCGCUGGUCGCUCCCACCGCUUGCCGAUUCCCGUGCCUCGAAUCCUGUCGACAGUGCUGGUAUCGCUCGCCAUGUUGCCAGCGCUACCCGUGGAUAGCCUGGCUCGUCUACGUGUGUUGAUCGCAUGUCCUCGGCUAGUUUGAGCGACUCCCUUUCUACGCUCCCACCUCUCCUCGAUUCUCGUACUUUGUCUCCAUCCAAACAUGCCAGACCUCGGGAUGUGUGGUGUCGUUCUUCACUCUCAGCAGCCUGUUCAACUCUCUCGAAAAGAUCAACAGACAAUCGACGCGAUGGUAGACGCUCACUCUGCCUCCGUGACCAUUCGCAACCCUUUCGACUUGAUAGCGUUCGACGUCGUCGCCCUCGCUCACUUCAUCGUCGAAACCAGUAACCAGCCCAGGCAGUUUGCGUUUGAUGUUCGUGACCCCCUUCCCGAGUUGGUCGACUCUCACGCAUCGUCGCCAGUCUCGCACAACUCUCGUGCUUCCACUCCACCUCAGCUGUCUGGUCACAGCCACAAUGUCGCCAGAAGUUAUAAUCCUCAUUCCACUCUCGCUGGUGAUAUACCCUGGUUCUGUCCCGCAUACAUGCAUCAGCAGCCCAUCGACCCCCAUAUUUCAGCCUCAGCAGCCCAUCGACCCCCAUAUUUCAGCCUCAGCAGCCCAGCUCUCGCUCUCCAGACCCCGAUAUGCACAAUCCUCGUGCUUCCACUCCCUUCCCCCCCUCCUAGUCUCAGAUAUCAAACCUCCAUGCAUUUUCCCUCAGCAACCCAUGAGCUUCACUGCAGAUGACCCCGACGACACCAAGCUUUUACUUCUCCAAGUACCCCUUGCUAUCCAUCACACAGAAGUUCGAGACUGAUGGAUCUUCACGACUAUGGAUCUGGGCUACUGAAUGAGUUUUUACGAGUUUUGAAGAAAGAAAAAUGUGUUUCAGCUCGAUGCCGACGUUGAUCUCGGGAGAAGAAGGGUAAGGAUGAGCAGUGGUUUUGCAGACAACCAAAAAAAACACCCCGAUACCUCACUACAGCAUUGCAUUCAUCAAAAGGGGAGACACAAGUCUGGCAAUGGG